AUGGAAAAUGUAAAUAGCGCCGUAUUACCGAAAUAUGUUGUUCUGGACCUAGAAGAGCCGACACAUAAAUUGCUCGAACAACUCCAAACUUAUUUUUCCGAUGGAAGACAUCCCGAAAUUCUGCGCGUGCUCAAAUUGGCUAAAGUCGCAAAAAUUGCGCCUUCUGAUAGUGUUCGAUGCACGGUGAAUGACUCAUUCGCUUCAUUUUCGGUCAACGAAAUUCGCGAAGGGCCGCCGAUUGAUAUUGGCGGAAAUGUGCCAAACACAAAUGAGCCACCAUCCAAAUUCAAGAUAAGGUACACCGAUAAUAAGAAUCCUCUAUUGUACGAUGAAUUGGGCUACGAAUUCCGUUUGAUUAACAACAAAAGAGAUUCGCUUCUCCUGGGAAACAAGACGGUUUCAUUGAGAUGCUCCAAUCGACAUUGCAUUGGCACCGCCGUGUGCAGGUCGACGACGUUUGAAGUCGUCGUAAAACAAGGCCAUUUUCCAAUGCAUCCGCCCAAAACUAUUCCCAAAAAAGCCAUCGAAAAAAUGCAAACAAUAGUUCCGUAUGUAAGUCCGUCUGAGAAAGAGCCAUCUCCACCGGAAAUGUCAGUGACACCGCCGGUGCAACCGGUUCACACGAAUAACGAAUUGCCUCUAUUUCCGGAGUACACGAAUAAUAAUGAUGUCAAAACGCCAGAAAAACCAAAUGGAGUUUUCAAGAAGUAUUCCAAUUAUUUGGACAAUAUCAUUGUUCCAAAAAUUUAUAUGAGCCAGAAAGGAACUCCUGGUACUUAUGACAAUCAUGCUUCUGAAUCAGCCUCAAUUCAACCAGAGCAUUCAAAAACGUCGAAGGAAACGAAAGGGGUUUGUGAAUAA